AUGAGAGACCACACUACAAGUCCCAGAACAGUCCCAUCCACUCAUUCACCUCCCCUGGCAGCAGCUUCACUCCCCUGGCAGCAGCUUCACUCCCCUGCCAGCAGCUUCACUCCCCUGGCAGCAGCUUCACUCCCCUGGCAGCAGCUUCACUCCCCUGGCAGCAGCUUCACUCCCCUGCCAGCAGCUUCACUCCCCUGGCAGCAGCUUCACUCCCCUGGCAGCAGCUUCACUCCCCUGGCAGCAGCUUCACUCCCCUGCCAGCAGCUUCACUCCCCUGGCAGCAGCUUCACUCCCCUGGCAGCAGCUUCACUCCCCUGGCAGCAGCUUCACUCCCCUGCCAGCAGCUUCACUCCCCUGGCAGCAGCUUCACUCCCCUGGCAGCAGCUUCACUCCCCUGCCAGCAGCUUCACUCCCCUGCCAGCAGCUUCACUCCCCUGGCAGCAGCUUCACUCCCCUGGCAGCAGCUUCACUCCCCUGGCAGCAGCUUCACUCCCCUGGCAGCAGCUUCACUCCCCUGGCAGCAGCUUCACUCCCCUGGCAGCAGCUUCACUCCCCUGCCAACAGCUUCACUCCCCUGGCAGCAGCUUCACUCCCCUGCCAGCAGCUUCACUCCCCUGGCAGCAGCUUCACUCCCCUGGCAGCAGCUUCACUCCCCUGCCAGCAGCUUCACUCCCCUGGCAGCAGCUUCACUCCCCUGGCAGCAGCUUCACUCCCCGGGCAGCAGCUUCACUCCCCUGGCAACAGCUUCACUCCCCUGGUAGCAGCUUCACUCCCCUGGCAGCAGCUUCACUCCCCUGGCAGCAGCUUCACUCCCCUGGCAGCAGCUUCACUCCCCUGGCAGCAGCUUCACUCCCCUGGCAGCAGCUUCACUCCCUUGGCAGCAGCUUCACUCCCCUGGCAGCAGCUUCACUCCCCUGCCAGCAGCUUCACUCCCCUGCCAGCAGCUUCACUCCCCUGGCAGCAGCUUCACUCCCCUGCCAGCAGCUUCACUCCCCUGGCAGCAGCUUCACUCCCCUGGCAGCAGCUUCACUCCCCUGCCAGCAGCUUCACUCCCCUGCCAGCAGCUUCACUCCCCUGGCAGCAGCUUCACUCCCCUGGCAGCAGCUUCACUACCCUGCCAGCAGCUUCACUGCCCUGCCAGCAGCUUCACUCCCCUGCCAGCAGCUUCACUCCCUUGGCAGCAGCUUCACUCCCCUAGCAGCAGCUUCACUCCCCUGGCAGCAGCUUCACUCUCCUGGCAGCAGCUUCACUCCCCUGGCAGCAGCUUCACUCCCCUGGCAGCAGCUUCACUCCCCUGCCAGCAGCUUCACUCCCCUGGCAGCAGCUUCACUCCCCUGGCAGCAGCUUCACUCCCCUGGCAGCAGCUUCACUCCCCUGGCAGCAGCUUCACUCCCCUGCCAGCAGCUUCACUCCCCUGCCAGCAGCUUAACUCCCCUGGCAGCAGCUUCACUCCCCUGCCAGCAGCUUCACUCCCCUGCCAGCAGCUUCACUCCCCUGCCAGCAGCUUCACUCCCCUGGCAGCAGCUUCCCUCCCCUGGCAGCAGCUUCCCUCCCCUGGCAGCAGCUUCACUCCCCUGGCAGCAGCUUCACUCCCCUGGCAGCAGCUUCACUCCCCUGCCAGCAGCUUCACUCCCCUGCCAGCAGCUUCACUCCCCUGGCAGCAGCUUCACUCCCCUGGCAGCAGCUUCACUCCCCUGGCAGCAGCUUCACUCCCCUGGCAGCAGCUUCACUCCCUUAGCAGCAGCUUCACUCCCCUGGCAGCAGCUUCACUCCCCUGGCAGCAGCUUCACUCCCCUGGCAGCAGCUUCAUUCCCCUGCCAGCAGCUUCACUCCCCUGGCAGCAGCUUCACUCCCCUGGCAGCAGCUUCACUCCCCUGGCAGCAGCUUCACUCCCCUGGCAACAGCUUCACUCCCCUGCCAGCAGCCUCACUCCCCUGCCAGCAGCUUCACUCCCCUGCCAGCAGCCUCACUCCCCUGCCAGCAGCUUCACUCCCCUGCCAGCAGCUUCACUCCCCUGGCAGCAGCUUCACUCCCCUGGCAGCAGCUUCACUCCCCUGCCAGCAGUUUCACUCCCCUGCCAGCAGCUUCACUCCCCUGCCAGCAGCUGCACUCCCCUGGCAGCAGCUUCACUCCCCUGGCAGCAGCUUCACUCCCCUGCCAGCAGCUUCACUCCCCUGGCAGCAGCUUCACUCCCCUGGCAGCAGCUUCACUCCCCUGCCAGCAGCUUCACUCCCCUGGCAGCAGCUUCACUCCCCUGGCAGCAGCUUCACUCCCCUGGCAGCAGCUUCACUCCCCUGCCAGCAGCUUCACUCCCCUGCCAGCAGCUUCACUCCCCUGCCAGCAGCUUCACUCCCCUGCCAGCAGCUUCACUCCCCUGGCAGCAGCUUCACUCCCCUGGCAGCAGCUUCACUCCCCUGGCAGCAGCUUCACUCCCCUGGCAGCAGCUUCACUCCCCUGCCAGCAGCUUCACUCCCCCUGCCAGCAGCUUCACUCCCCUGCCAGCAGCUUCACUCCCCUGCCAGCAGCUUCACUCCCCUGCCAGCAGCUUCACUCCACUGGCAACAGCUUCACUCCCCUGGCAGCAGCUUCACUCCCCUGGUAGCAGCUUCACUCCCCUGGCAGCAGCUUCACUUCCCUGGCAGCAGCUUCACUCCCCUGGCAGCAGCUUCACUUCCCUGGCAGCAGCUUCACUCCCCUGGCAGCAGCUUCACUCCCCUGCCAGCAGCUUCACUCCCCUGCCAGCAGCUUCACUCCCCUGGCAGCAGCUUCACUCCCCUGCCAGCAGCUUCACUCCCCUGCCAGCAGCUUCACUCCCCUGCAGCUUCACUCCCCUGCCAGCAGUUUCACUCCCCUGCCAGCAGCUUCACUCCCCUGGCAGCAGCUGCACUCCCCUGGCAGCAGCUUCACUCCCCUGGCAGCAGCUUCACUCCCCUGCCAGCAGCUUCACUCCCCUGGCAGCAGCUUCACUCCCCUGGCAGCAGCUUCACUCCCCUGGCAGCAGCUUCACUCCCCUGCCAGCAGCUUCACUCCCCUGCCAGCAGCUUCACUCCCCUGCCAGCAGCUUCACUCCCCUGGCAGCAGCUUCACUCCCCUGCCAGCAGCUUCACUCCCCUGGCAGCAGCUUCACUCCCUUGGCAGCAACUUCACUCCCCUGGUAGCAUUUCACUCCCCUGGCAGCAGCUUCACUCCCCUGGCAGCAGCUUCACUCCCCUGCCAGCAGCUUCACUCCCCUGGCAGCAGCUUCACUCCCCUGGUAGCAGUUUCACUCCCCUGGCAGCAGCUUCACUCCCCUGCCAGCAGCUUCACUCCCCUGCCAGCAGCUUCACUCCCCUGCCAGCAGCUUCACUCCCCUGCCAGCAGCUUCACUCCCCUGCCAGCAGCUUCACUCCCCUGCCAGCAGCUUCACUCCCCUGCCAGCAGCUUCACUCCCCUGCCAGCAGCUUCACUCCCCUGCCAGCAGCUUCACUUCCCUGCCAGCAGCUUCACUCCCCUGCCAGCAGCUUCACUCCCCUGCCAGCAGCUUCACUCCCCUGCCAGCAGCUUCACUCCCCUGCCAGCAGCUUCACUCCCCUGGCAGCAGCUUCACUCCCCUGGCAGCAGCUUCACUCCCCUGGCAGCAGCUUCACUCCCCUGGCAGCAGCUUCACUCCCCUGCCAGCAGCUUCACUCCCCUGCCAGCAGUUUCACUCCCCUGCCAGCAGCUUCACUCCCCUGCCAGCAGCUGCACUCCCCUGGCAGCAGCUUCACUCCCCUGGCAGCAGCUUCACUCCCCUGCCAGCAGCUUCACUCCCCUGGCAGCAGCUUCACUCCCCUGCCAGCAGCUUCACUCCCCUGCCAGCAGCUUCACUCCCCUGGCAGCAGCUUCACUCCUCUGGCAGCAGCUUCACUCCCCUGGCAGCAGCUUCACUCCCCUGGCAGCAGCUUCACUCCCCUGGCAGCAGCUUCACUCCCCUGGCAGCAGCUUCACUCCCCUGCCAGCAGCUUCACUCCCCCUGCCAGCAGCUGCACUCCCCUGGCAGCAGCUUCACUCCCCUGCCAGCAGCUUCACUCCCCCUGCCAGCAGCUUCACUCCCCUGCCAGCAGCUUCACUCCCCUGGCAACAGCUUCACUCCCCUGGCAGCAGCUUCACUCCCCUGGUAGCAGCUUCACUCCCCUGGCAGCAGCUUCACUUCCCUGGCAGCAGCUUCACUCCCCUGGCAGCAGCUUCACUCCCCUGCCAGCAGCUUCACUCCCCUGCCAGCAGCUUCACUCCCCUGCCAGCAGCUUCACUCCCCUGGCAGCAGCUUCACUCCCCUGGCAGCAGCUUCACUCCCCUGCCAGCAGCUUCACUCCCCUGGCAGCAGCUUCACUCCCCUGGCAACAGCUUCACUCCCCUGCCAGCAGCUUCACUCCCCUGCCAGCAGCUUCACUCCCCUGGCAGCAGCUUCACUCCUCUGGCAGCAGCUUCACUCCCCUGGCAGCAGCUUCACUCCCCUGCCAGCAGCUUCACUCCCCUGGCAGCAGCUUCACUCCCCUGGCAGCAGCUUCACUCCCCUGCCAGCAGCUUCACUCCCCUGCCAGCAGCUGCACUCCCCUGGCAGCAGCUUCACUCCCCUGGCAGCAGCUUCACUCCCCUGGCAGCAGCUUCACUCCCCUGCCAGCAGCUUCACUCCCCUGCCAGCAGCUUCACUCCCCUGCCAGCAGCUUCACUCCCCUGGCAGCAGCUUCACUCCCCUGCCAGCAGCUUCACUCCCCUGGCAGCAGCUUCACUCCCUUGGCAGCAACUUCACUCCCCUGCAACUUCACUCCCCUGGUAGCAGUUUCACUCCCCUGGCAGCAGCUUCACUCCCCUGGCAGCAGCUUCACUCCCCUGCCAGCAGCUUCACUCCCCUGGCAGCAGCUUCACUCCCCUGGUAGCAGUUUCACUCCCCUGGCAGCAGCUUCACUCCCCUGCCAGCAGCUUCACUCCCCUGCCAGCAGCUUCACUCCCCUGCCAGCAGCUUCACUCCCCUGCCAGCAGCUUCACUCCCCUGCCAGCAGCUUCACUCCCCUGCCAGCAGCUUCACUCCCCUGCCAGCAGCUUCACUCCCCUGCCAGCAGCUUCACUCCCCUGCCAGCAGCUUCACUUCCCUGCCAGCAGCUUCACUCCCCUGCCAGCAGCUUCACUCCCCUGCCAGCAGCUUCACUCCCCUGCCAGCAGCUUCACUCCCCUGCCAGCAGCUUCACUUCCCUGGCAGCAGCUUCACUCCCCUGCCAGCAGCUUCACUUCCCUGCCAGCAGCUUCACUCCCCUGCCAGCAGCUUCACUCCCCUGCCAGCAGCUUCACUCCCCUGCCAGCAGCUUCACUCCCCCUGCCAGCAGCUUCACUCCCCUGCCAGCAGCUUCACUCCCCUGGCAACAGCUUCACUCCCCUGGCAGCAGCUUCACUCCCCUGCCAGCAGCUUCACUCCCCUGCCAGCAGCUUCACUCCCCUGGCAGCAGCUUCACUCCCCUGCCAGCAGCUUCACUCCCCUGGCAGCAGCUUCACUCCCUUGGCAGCAACUUCACUCCCCUGGUAGCAGUUUCACUCCCCUGGCAGCAGCUUCACUCCCCUGGCAGCAGCUUCACUCCCCUGCCAGCAGCUUCACUCCCCUGGCAGCAACUUCACUCCCCUGGUAGCAGUUUCACUCCCCUGGCAGCAGCUUCACUCCCCUGGCAGCAGCUUCACUCCCCUGCCAGCAGCUUCACUCCCCUGGCAGCAGCUUCACUCCCCUGGUAG